AUGUUCUGGGGUCGGAAUAGUGGUAAACUCGCUGUAGGUUCUGCUACAAGCCGUCCAGAAGCUUCGCAAGGGUCUUCCCAAUAUGCCGAAACGACGGCUUUUUCAACCAUACCAGUUGCACCCUCGUACGUUCUCUCGGAGCAACGGCGUAGUGAGUUGUUGCUGGCAGCCCGUGCGAAUCGCGUGUCUUGGGUCGAUGGCGUUCAUGAACGCAAAUUGAAGACGCUUCCAGUCGGUUUUAUGGAGUUUUCGCAUCAACAAAUUGUUUCUACAAUCCCUAGCCAUUGCCGUGAAGCUCUGGAAGGCGUUAACCAUGAGUUGUCUAGUUUUUUUACGUGUCUUGAAGAACUCAAGCACAAAAUUCUGGUUAACGAUUUGCAGUUACUGAAGGAGGAAGAGACAGAAGCUGAUGAUGAUACCCAGAGCCCUGUCAGAAGAUACCAUACGCUUUUUCAGGAGAUACGUGAGCAAGAGUCGUUGCUGAAUCAAUGGCAACAAUCUCACAGUCCACGGACGGAGAAAUUGACAGGACACGAUCGAGAGAUGGCGUUUUUGGUGGGUUUUCGGGAACUUGUGGCGUUAUUGAAGAAUCCAGAGGCAGCAGAAUUGGUGUAUCGUAUCCAAUCGUUUGUCAAGAGAAUGGAGAUGUGGGACCUUCCUCAGAUGUUGAGUGCUACUACGACUCAAGACCGACCGGGAAGGAGGAUCCAAGACUUUAUCAACAAACUCGUCGAGCAGAUCAAGCACAGCAAGAAAUUAAGACUAUUGCUGCAGGGAGGUGCAGAUGAUGGAGAAACACAGCAGCAACAUAACUACUUGCAUGUCUUUGAUGCCUCUGGGGUGGACUUGCUGCACGAAGUGUUGGAGGCUUUCCUGAUGGAAAAAGUGUAUGCCAGGACGCUCACCCCGUCAGUGCAAGCAGCUAAACAGGACGACGCGUUCCAUGAACGUAUCAAGUUGCUGGAUUUUGUUACUUUUCAGCAUCUUGAUUUGCCUGUGCCAAAGUCGCACGAGCAGGAACAAACGUGGAUCCUUCUGGCACGACAACUCGAAGCCAUGACGCUGUGUCCGAGUCCUCGACGCAAAAUGGAUGGCGUGUUGCGUGUGUGUCAAGACUUGACGAUGUUUUUGAAGACGGAGAAUGGCGGUAGAUUUCCGUCGGCAGAUGAAUUUUUGCCGGCACUGAUCUUUGUAGUGUUGCGUGCCAACCCGUGUGAACUCAAGCGCAAUGUGGCAUUUAUCUUGGAAUACCGAAAUCCCACAAAGCUAGUGUCGGAGCCGGGUUACUUUUUUACACAUCUGGUCUCAAGUGUCGCUUUCCUCGAGGAAGUCGAUUGCUCACAACUUACCAUUUCUGCCGAAGAGUUUGACGAAGGACUGCACCGAAGCAAGGAAAGUCUCAGAUUGAGUGGCGUUUGUUGUGAAACUGUUCAUGAAGUGACAAGUAAUGAGAUCAACAACAAUACAGGAGAAGCCACGAACAACACUGUGAUAGGUUUGCAAAAGGAGCGCCAAAAGCAAAUGCCCCUUUUCCACGUACCCCAUGGUUGCCACAAGAAUGACGAUGAAGCAUUGAUGCGUCUUCCAACUGUUCUCGAUGUUCGUGCAAAUCGUUUACGUCUGGCGAUAAAUGGCUAG